AUGUUAAGUCGGCUCGCUGUAUUAUUCAAACCACGAUCGGUGAGAAACACAUCCAUUAUCAGUCGAGACAAGAAAUCACUUCGUCAUCUUCUUUUGAGAGAGGACGAGAGAAGCGUUUCAUUUUAUUCGAAUGUUAUUAUUGGAAAUCUCGGGGCGAAACAACUCGUUUCGCUGAAACUACAUACGAUCACUGGUGAUUUGGGGGUAACAAAGUUCAUUAAUGUUGGUCUUUCUAUUCGAGUUUUACAUAUGGAUCCGUGCCAUCUGGGUGAUUUGUGUCGAAUUUUAUCACAUCUUCCGGAUGUUCGAUCCUUGAAAGCCACGAAUCUAUGGUAUACUAAAUACGACCCCAUUCCCAUUCCUCGUAUCAAAAUGGUUAAUGUCGAAUUAAUAAAUCCUUCUGUAUCAUUCGAUAAUGUUGCACAGCUGCUACACUCAAUGCCAAACUUACGCGCCUUAUCGAUCGUUGCUCGAUCGAUGCCUCAAGGAGACAACCAAUAUAUUGAUGGUCAGAAAAUAUUUCGGAUAAAACAAAUUCAUAAACGAGCUGAUAAAAUCAAAGGAGUACCAGGUGUCGGACAGGUUACAUCGUUAUCGCAAGUGGAUUUAACAAAGCAAUAUACCGUUGAUGAUGUUCGGAAAUGGAAUAUAAAAGAACGGUUUGAAAUGUACAAUGGAUAUGAAAUUUUUUUCUACUGGAGUAAAAGUUCGAGACGUUAUGCGCAUGAAAAACGUACAUUUCGUUUUUCUCGUGAACGAGAAGAGAUGGAACCGCGAUUUUUUCAGGAUAGGUAG